UCCGUGCCGGGCCUGGGGACUCGGGAUCCCGCCGCCGGGGCCGCAGCAUGGGGCGCUUCCGCGGGGGCCUGCGGUGCAUCAAGUACCUGCUGCUCGGCUUCAACCUGCUCUUCUGGCUGGCAGGGUCGGCUGUCAUUGCUUUUGGACUAUGGUUUCGGUUUGGAGGCACCAUGAAGGAGUUCUCGUCCGAGGACAAGUCCCCAGAGUACCUCUACAUGGGGCUCUAUGUGCUGGUUGGAGCGGGGGCCCUGAUGAUGGCCGUCGGCUUCUUCGGGUGCUGCGGAGCCACGCGGGAGUCGCAGUGUGUUCUCGGAUCCUUUUUUACCUGCCUGUUGGUGAUAUUUGCUGCUGAAAUAACCACUGGAGUAUUUGCUUUUAUAGGCAAGGAUGUAGCUGUACGGCAUGUUCAGACCAUGUACGAAGAAGCUUAUAAUGAUUACCUUAGAGACAGGGAAAAGGGAAAUGGAACUCUCAUUACCUUCCACUCAGCAUUUCAGUGCUGUGGAAAAGAAAGCUCUGAACAGGUCCAACCCACCUGCCCAAAGGAUCUCCUAGGACACAAGAAUUGCAUUGAUGAAAUUGAGAGCAUAAUCAGUGUUAAGCUCCAGCUCAUCGGAAUUGUCGGUAUUGGAAUUGCAGGUCUCACGAUCUUUGGCAUGAUAUUCAGCAUGGUCCUUUGCUGUGCGAUACGAAAUUCACGAGAUGUCAUGUGAAGCUACUUCUACAUGAAAAUUGUAAUCUAGAGCAUACAAAUGUCACAGGAGUUGUCUCCUGGCUCAUUUUUAAUGUUCAAAGGACACUAGGAUCUAAAAUAAUUUGCUGUUAAUUGUAUGUUUGCACAUGUAUAUAUGUUUGGCUCAUUACUGGUUUGCCCCUUGAGUGAACGCCUGUGUAUGUUGACUGAGAGCAUAUUCGUCUGUGAUGUGCGUGUUUCUGGUAUAUGCAUAAUGAAAUCUGUUUGCUGGGAAUUCCUGAUUCUUGUUAUGUGAGAGAAAAAACAUAUUUAACUCUCAGAAAAAAGAUCAAAAAGCUUUGAUAAACUUUAAAAACUUGGUUAUUUAGAAAAAAAAAUGAUAGUGGGUCAGUUUCUCAGACUCUAGCCACAGGAAGUUAGAUACAGAGAAUUCAGGGAUUUCUAGUUUACGGAAGCAAUAAGCUACAGGAAUUGAGAGAUCACGGUGCAGUGUUAAAGGUGACUGUGUUUGGGUUAGGUGUAAGGGUUUCCUGGGAUUUUUUUAUAUACAUGCUCUCCCCAGAAUUUAGGACUAAACACAUCUGUAAAAUUAAAUAUAGCAUGGAAAACCUAAUUUGAAUAAGUCAUACUUUCCUGGUAUUUAAAAAACAACAACAACAACAACAAAAAAAAAAAACCUCACUCUGGAAAGAGUGUCACACAGACAAUCACAUGCCCUGUAAAACUGAGUGUCUUUUAGGACUAAAAAGAAAACCUUUUAACAACUUUUUAAGGAAACAUUUUUGUUCUUAUAUAAAGGCUUUUAAAUAUUGCUUUAUUACUUUCCUUUUCUGACUCUUCUCUGAACUACUGCAAUCCUCACAUCCACAAAAGGGCUUUUAUCGCAAACUUUUCUGUGUUUCUUCAGAUGUAAGCAUAGAAAGACUAAAGCAAGAGAUCUGGCAGUUGCAAAUUGUGGGAAAGAGAAUUUUUACUGGCACUGUAUCUUUGAAAUACCUCAUAACUUGAGUUUACAUAUUUUCCUAAUUUUUUUAUUUUUUCUUAUUUAUUCACCUAGAGAAUUCUUCUUUAUAGAUUAACAACUACAGUUUUCGCCACUUAAAAUAUAUCAUAUCAUGAGCAGCCUUAGCCAAACCGAAAUAAAGAAAAACAUUCUCUCCUACUUUUGUGCACACAACAGAGACAAGCUAAGGAAACAAAAAUACACACACGCAACAGAAAUAUGUCCCUUCUGUGCAAGUCUCCAAUAAAAAUAAAAUGUUUGUGUUCU